UCCCUCCAAGCUCGGGGAGGGCGGUUUUUGGGGGGUUUCCCUUUUCCUCUCCGAGCCCUGGCCCUGCAGGAUGGGUCUGAGCCCCUCCAGGGCGCACCCCAAGGUGACCAAGGUGGCCCCGGUGUUGGUCCAGGAGGAUGUGCCCGCUCUCAGCGCCCCAGGACAGCCCACCCUGCAUCCUCCAGGGGUGGCACAGUGGGGACAGCCCCUGUUCCCCCUGGAGCUGCCMCCUCUCCGGGACACGGGGCACGGCAGAGCCUCGGCAGGGCCGCUSUGUCUCAGCGCUGCACCCGGGGAGGAAGGAACCAGCAUCAUCAAACAGCACCCACCUCGAAGGGCUCGGGGGCUUGAACCUGCAUUCCCUUCACGAGCAAUCGCUCCUGAGAAACCCUGGAGCCAGCAGGAAGGGGCUGCAAGCCCCAAAAUAAAGGUGCUGGAGAACCGGGGGCAGAGGCUGAACCCCCUCCCUGGCAGGAGGCAGCACCUGCACAAGCUCCAGAUGCUGGAGCUGACCCGCAGGAGGCGAGAGGCGGAGCUGAACCGGAAUCUCCACAGGGAGGCCAAAAUCAAUCAGCAAAAAAUGCAGGAAUUCAGCCCCAAAGAUGUCCUUGGUGCUCCCCAGAGCCCCAGAAGCCCUGACCCCAUCCCUGCUGAGCGUUUUUAUGAAGACCACCCCGGAAAUUCGUGGGGUGGAGGCCUUUCCAGGCAGCCUGACAGGGCUGAACUCUCUCCAGACAGGAGAGGGAAGGUUGAUCUGUGGUUCUGCAGGGAGCCACAGACCAAGGAUCUGUUCUGGGACUCGACCAGCACGGAAUCCGAGGAUUGGGAGAGGGAAGAGAAGAUUCCCCACAAACCUGCGCUCGUGAGAACCAAGACAGAGAGAAUUUCCCUCUUUGAUGAUUUCUUUGACAGGGAUUUCUAAUGGCCUGGUUUGGGAUGGGCCAAAGGAACAAAGCCCGGCUCUGGUGGGGCUGGAAUCCUCCCAGAUGGAUGCUCUGAGGUUGGAAUGGCUGUGAGUGGAAUUUCUGGGAGUGUGGAUCAGGGGAAAGGACAGCUGGGAACGAGGAGCUCACUGAUGUGGGGUGAGUGAUACCCCUUGGGCUGCAUCAAAAUAUCUGGGAAAAAAUACCUUGGAUGGAGCAACAGUGAGAUGGGGGUAGAGAGAAGAGAAGAAGGCAAAACAACCCCAAAAAAACCCCAAAACCACAAGUAGAAGCUGGAAAAAUUCUGGGUUAACCCCAAAUGUUAAAUUCCAACUGAAAUGAAGCAUUUUGCUUUCCUUUGAGUUACUCAAUCUUCCUGCUUAACUUGGGGUUAACCUUUUCUAAACCACAAACCCCAGCUCAAAAAGUAAGGUAAAAUGAUUUAUUUAGAAAGUCURUAAAAUAAAUAUUUUGGCAUUUCUAAAAUUCCUUUUUGACUUUUAUAGCUUUCUAAAAAAWUUCUUCUCCUGCCAUCCUGGACAUAGAAAUAUAUGGAUUUCCUUCAGUACUAAACUCCAGUUUUAUAUAUAAUCUGAAAAAUCUGGCUUUGGUUCACUUCUUUUCACUGUUCAGGGUUCAAUGAUGGAAAAUAAGGAAUAUGGAAAAUAAGGAAUAUGGAAAAUAAGGAAUCUCCAGCUUUUCCUGCAGAGAUUCUCCCAAGGAUUCUGGUCAAGGCUGCAGCACCCACCAGGAAUUUGAACAAGCUGCCCUGUGGCAAUCUGACAUUUCCAAGUGUAUUGAAAA